CAAGGACUGAUGCUACGCAGGUGUUGGUCGGGGCUUGCCCCCACACUGCUCGUGCCCCAGCUGGCCGGGGCCUGCUGGGGACAUCUUGUAUUGUGCUCACGCCUGCCUCAUAAUAGCCGUCGGCAAGGCCUGUUCUUUGCCCUCGGGCUCUGCAAUGAGAAUGUAGAGCCACUUCCACACAAUGUUUUACCCGUUGCUGGCACAAGCGCCCUUGGCAGAAACCCCUCAACACGGGCAAGCCGUCCCGCCGCAGGGAGACGGUGCUGUUUUGUGUCUUGCUGUAGGAUGAGGCUGUGGAGGUUUCCCCAGGCGCUCGCUUGUUCUCUGGUGAGAGGUUUGCAGAGCUGUACUGAGUGGCCUGGACAGCCCAUGGGGCACGAAAGCAGUGUCAGUCUGGGUGGGAUCUCCCUACUCUGGGUCGCUCAGCCCUGUCUGCUCGGUGGGGCAGGAGGUGCGUUGCUUUGGGAGGCAGAGGCUGCUCCUGGCUGCUUGGGAAGUCCUUGGUGGUCAGAGAGCUAGGGAAGAGCUGGUCUCUACUUGCCCCAGCCCGUCCCACGAGGUGGCUGAUUUGGCCUUGGCCUGGCCGGAUGUGGGUGAUGAAGUGGUUUCCCUCAGCUUGCUGGGAAGAGGGGUUCAAUCGGAUCAAUUCCCAGCCCUUGCAGGAGCUAGAUGCAAACAGUAAUUGAAUCCCUGGUUAAAGAGACGGUCUCCAGCUGCCUUCAUUCCUGAGGCCGGGAGUGGCAGAGUCCUCAACCCUCUCCUCUGUGUAUGAUCUAACCGGGCUGGUGGCCCCUGUCCCACCAUCUGGGCCUCAGCAUCUCCUCCUCCUGGCCCUGGGCAGUGCCCUGGGUGGUUACCAUGGAGAAUGAACAGUUGCAGGUACCACCUCCAUCCAGCAGCUCAGCCAGCACCAGCACCACAACCAGCAGCAGCAGCAACGGGCGCCAGCCGGGACCCCAGAUCUCCGUGUACAGUGGGAUCCCAGACCGCCAGACUGUCCAGGUGAUCCAGCAGGCCCUGCACCGGCAGCCCAACACCGCGGCGCAGUACCUGCAGCAGAUGUAUGCAGCACAGCAGCAGCACCUCAUGCUGCAGACGGCGGCUCUUCAGCAGCAGCACCUCAGCAGCGCCCAGCUCCAGAGCCUGGCCGCCGUGCAGCAGGCGAGUUUGGCUGCUAACAGGCAGGGCGGUUCGUCCGGCAGCAAUGCCUCCCAGCAGGCACCAUCGCAGCAGCCCACGAUAAACUUGGCCACGUCCCCAGCUGCUGCCCAGCUGAUCAACCGAGCUCAGAGCGUGAACUCUGCUGCCGCUGCUGCCUCGGGCAUCACCCAGCAGGCUGUGCUCCUGGGCAAUGCCGCCUCCCCAGCCCUGACAGCCAGCCAGGCCCAGAUGUACCUCCGGGCCCAGAUGGCCCAGCAAAGUAACCUUGUGCAAGUAGCUAGGAGCCUAGGCCGUGCUGUUCCUUUAUCCCCCCAGCUCAUCUUCACGCCUACGGCCACAGUCGCCACGGUGCAGCCCGAGAGCGGUGCAGGCCCCACCUCCCAGCCAUCCACCACCACUGCUCAGGUACAGAAUCUGGCCAUAAGAACUCAGCAGACAGUAGCACAAGGAGUGGCUUCCUCCCAAGCCCAGCAGCUCCCCACCCUGGCCAUGAAGCCAGCGCCAGGCAGCAGCCAGCCAGCCUCCAGCGCUUCUCAGGGCAAGGCCGCGGCUCAGGCACCCACCAUGGGCUCCAAAGGAGGCCAGGCUGAGCAGGUGACGGAGCACCUUAAAAAGGGAGACAGCGUGCCCAGCAGCGCUGACAGCCGGGGGCACCCCAUGAACCGCACAGUGACGCCGGUGACCAGCCACCCCCUUAUUGCCCCAGCCUACGCCCAGCUGCAGCCCCACCAGCUCCUGCAGCAGCAGAAGCAGAUCCAGCACCAGUUUGUGAUCCAGCAGCAGCAGAUCCAGCCCAGGCCUCAGCCUCAGCUCAUCCAGGGCGGUGCCAGCACCUCACCCCAACUCCAGCCACUGCCCUCGCCCACGCCCAGCCUGGCUGUGCAGCCCAGCCCGCAGGCGCAGGUCCAGCUCCAGGGCCAUGGUGCCCCGCAGGCCCAGGCCUCUCUGCCCCACCCACAGCCAUGCCAAGCCUCCAGCCAGCACAAACCUGGCACCAGCCAGCCCUGCCCGCCUACUCCACACAUCUCUGGGCUCCAGGCCGUGGGCCCAGCGCCACCCGGGGCAGAGGGUGGGACUCAGAAUGGACACCCUGGGUGCCUGAACCAUGCUGCACCACGCAAGUUCCAACAUGCCUCGGCCGUGAUCCUGCAGCUGCAGCCCGCCGUCGGCACGCCACAGCUCGGCAUCGCGGAGAACUCCAGGAAGGACAUUCUUCCUGCCGAUAAGAGCUCGGAGAGCCUGCCAGCGCAGCAGCAGCAGGCAGCUGCCCCAACGCCCCCGGCCGUGGCCCCAGCCCCGGAGGACACAGAGUGCAGGCGGCCCCCGGCUCCCGAGCCAGGACAGGACCGUGUUCAUGCCCAGAGUGACCCCAGCAGCCCCGGCAUGACAUCAGGGAACGGAAACUCUUCUUCUACGGUUGCUGGCACUGCCCCCCAGAAUGGUGAGAAUAAACCACCACAGGCCAUUGUGAAACCCCAAAUCCUGACGCAUGUUAUCGAAGGGUUUGUGAUCCAGGAGGGGGCAGAGCCUUUCCCGGUGGGGCGCUCCUCGCUGCUGGUGGGGAAUCUGAAGAAGAAGUAUGCGCAGGGCCUCUUGGCUGAGAAACUCCCACAGCAGGACAACACGACCACCACCGACUCGGAGAUGGAGGAGCCCUACGUGCAAGAGUCCAAAGAGGAGGGGACCCCUCCGAAGCUGAAGUGCGAGUUGUGUGGCCGUGUCGACUUUGCCUACAAGUUCAAGAGGUCCAAGCGCUUCUGCUCUAUGGCCUGUGCCAAGAGGUACAACGUCGGGUGCACGAAGCGCGUGGGGCUCUUUCACCCUGACCGCAGCAAGCUCCAGAAGCCCGGGGGACCCCCGCACGGGCGCCGCCGCACCUGCAAAAGUGCCCUCCCCACCCUCAGCAAGGACACCAAGAAGCAGACACCGGUGUCCCUCUCCACGGGUUCGGUGCCACUGUCCGUCACAGCGUCGCUUCAGCUCAACCAUGCCCAGGAGGACUCCAGCCGCUGCUCGGACAACUCGAGCUAUGAGGAGCCACUGUCGCCUGUCUCGGCCAGCUCGUCAGCCUCGCGCCGACGCCAGGGUGAGCGCGACAUGGAGCUGCGCGACAUGGAGCUGCCCGACAUGCACAUGCGGGACCUGGUGGGCAUCGGGCACCACUUCCUGCCUAGCGAGCCUACCAAGUGGAACGUGGAGGACGUCUACGAGUUCAUCCGCUCCCUGCCUGGUUGCCAGGAGAUCGCGGAGGAGUUCCGGGCCCAGGAGAUCGACGGGCAGGCGCUGCUGCUGCUGAAGGAGGAUCACCUCAUGAGCGCCAUGAACAUCAAGCUGGGCCCUGCACUGAAGAUCUACGCCCGUAUCAGCAUGCUGAAGGACUCCUAGAGCCGGCAUCUCCCGGGCUGGCAGAGACCUGCCAUGGUGCCCGCGGGGACAGCUUGGAGGACGCUGGGCCUAAGGCUCCCCAGGGCCCCCAGGCACUGAGCACAAAUGGCCCCUCAACACGCUGACGGGCACGGACGCUGUGGGGGUCGAUGUCUGCACGGACCCUCCUUCCCUGCCCAGCUGCAGGCAGGGAAGGGUCUGUACAUACGUGGUAGCAUUAGCUUCCCCUUUCACUCCCAGCCCAGGUCGUGCAAGGGCAAGUUGAGAUGGGAGCCUGGGCACGCAGCAGAUGGGGCAGGGUGCACCUUCUCCGAUGUAGGCUAGGCAGCCUCUUGGGAGCCGCCUUUUCUCUAUCUCCUUGCCAAGGCUGGACAGGGCGCAGCAGCUCGGACUGGACCCAAACCUACUUGAAACCUCCAUGCUAAACAGGAUGGUUGCCUUAACGUGGGGUGCGCGGUUGUGCUGACAGCGGUGAUGCCCUCUGCUCCGAGCACACAGCCGGGUCCGGGGCCUGCACAGCAGAGGCUGCUGGGCAUGGCGGCAUCGUCCUCCAUGCAGGCUGGUAACUGAGUCUGGCAUCUCACACUGUGAAGCUCUUCUGGACGACGGGGCUACUCCUGCUGCAGCACGGGGCAGGGGUGAUGCCAGGGUGUGACCACGGCCCUGCCAGCCCAGGUUGCACUGGGGCUGGGGCUCCACUCGUCUCCUCCGGGCUUGGGCACCAGCAGAGCCAGGACUGGGCAAGGAGCUAUGCCUCCCUGCCCUGGGGGGAAGCAAGGAGAGAUUAGCUCCUUCUGCCUCCCCUUGGCUGGGCCACCCCCUCCUUGGCCCCCAGUUGGAGCUGCCUGCUGGACUCCUGUCCCUCCUUGCAGCACAGGUGCUGGGCCUUGCUCCUGUGUCCAAAGAGCCCGUUUUGGCCUCUAGGAUUGAGGUCUGAUGGCCGGGAGCCUCUUCCUUCUGGCUGUGAGAAGCCCCCAAGGGCCACUACCCCCCUCACCUGAGCAGCCAUCUGCCCCCAGCAGGGUAGGGGUGGGGGAUGGCCCGGCGCCACAGGCUCUGGUCCCGGCUGCUUGUACAGGCUGUGCAGGGCCUCCCUGCUGCCUGGGCUGCACACACCUCUUUUUAACCCCUUUUUCUGUUGUUUUUAAUAAAGCAUUGGAAAAAAUAACACCCCCUGGCCCUCUAUCCCUCCCUUCCCAGCCCAUGCUGUGGGGAAUGGGGCCCUGGGUUCUGGCAGUGCCUGAGCUGAAGCUCACGAGCGCAGGGGCUCGGCUGCACUGGCUCUUGCUCACAGCUGAGAGCUCAGCCCACGGCUGUGCCGGCUCUGCAAGCCCAGGCUCUGCAAGCUGUGGCAGUGACUGCGGGGGCUUGUGUUUGGGUCUGGUUUGUCUGGCUUCCUGUAGGGGCAGAGGCAGAAGGACCAGAGGUCCAUGGAAGGGGCACAGGCUUGUGCUGCUGGGGGUGGGCAGGGGGCUGCUGUUCCUGAACUUGCUGUUGUAACUGUACUCGGAGACUCAGCUGUGGGACCCCGGCGUGCUGGGGAGGGGGAAUCCUAGCAACUGGAGCUGGGAUAUGGGGCUGGCAUAGGUUGGGCUCCUGGUGGGCCCAGUUUAGGCCUGGCCCCAGCCCUGCAGCGCACUGAGUGCCACCCUGGCAGGGAAAGGAGCCAGGAGUGGGAUGGGGGUGCACGUGUGGGCACCUUAACAUGCCCCAGGAAUCAAGGUGCAGGGGGGGCAUCUUUGCCCGGGGUGAGGCUGCUGGACUGUGGCCGCCAGUGACUGCCACCGUUGGGGCACCCCAAAGCCACCCCCUUGCACGCCCUGACACGUGCCUGGCUCCCUGCAGCGGCUGGCCUCAGUAGGGCUCGGGAUGGCACUGCAGGCAGCAGUACUGG